GAGCGGACGAGCUGUUCUGGAGAGGAGCGUUCAGCUGGGAAGUGGACUAGUCUUCUCUGCUCUUUAUGAACGAUGGGAUUCCUCAGCGCCGCCGACGUGUUCCUCAUCACCACCCUCAGUGUUUUUACUUCAGCUCUGGGGGCGAGCAACUAUUACUGUGAAGAUCCCCUGCUGGCAUUGCUCCCCUCAGCCUCCUUUCAGAGUUCAUCAAAGUCUUCUGACAAACACUCGCCACACUUUGCAAAACUCCACACCAGAGACGGUUCUGGUGGAUGGUCUCCAGACAGUGAGGACCAUCAACCCUGGUUGCAGGUGGACCUGAGAGAUCGGUUGGAGGUGACAGCGGUGGCCACCCAGGGCCGAUGGGGCAGCACGGACUGGGUGAGCAGCUACCAGCUGCAGUACAGCGACUCAAGCAGAACAUGGAAAUCCUACAGACAAGACAACAUGCAAUGGACAUUUCCAGGCAACACAGACACAGACUCAGUGGUCCAGCACAAGCUCGUGCACUCCAUCAGGGCACGAUUUCUGCGACUUAUGCCUCUGAAAGGAAACCCCAAAGGAGGAAUAGGACUCAGGCUGGAGAUAUAUGGCUGCAGUUACAGGUCAGACGUGGCAGACUUUGAUGGGCACAGCGCUCUGCUGUACCGAUUUAAUCAGAAAUCGACAAGCACGGUGAAGAACGUGAUCUCGGUACGCUUCAGGAGCAGGCAAGCCAACGGUGUUCUGCUCCAUGGAGAGGGCCAGAGAGGAGACUACAUCACCCUGGAGCUCCAGAGAGGAAGACUUACACUGCAUCUUAACCUGGAUGAUGCUAAACCUCAGUCCAUUGGGAGACACACCUCAGUGAUGUUAGGCAGUCUGCUGGAUGACCAUCUCUGGCAUUCUGUCCUCAUAGAGCGUUUCAACAAGCAGGUGAACUUUACAGUGGACAAAGACACCCAGCACUUUCGCACACAGGGCCAGGAGGACUCUUUGGAGGUAGACUAUGAGCUAAGUUUUGGAGGAAUCCCACUGCCCGGCAAGCCUGGGACCUUUCUGAGGGAGAAUUUCCAUGGCUGCUUGGAGAACCUCUACUACAACGGAGUCAAUAUCAUCGACAUGGCCAAGAGACGCAAACCUCAGAUCUACACCGUGGGUAAUGUGACAUUCUCGUGCUCCGAGUCGCAGCCAGUGGCUGUAACAUUCUUAAGUGCCACGGAGAGUUUUCUGGUUUUGCCCACUGAUUGGGCAGCAGAAGGUCUGUCUGUACGGCUCCAGUUCCGCACCUGGAAUCGGGACGGCUGUCUGCUUACUGUCCCGCUGAGUCAUGGCCCGCAGCCAUCAUCUCUCAUCCUGGAGCUCAGCGGGGGGCUCUUCCUGCUCACUCUGAAAGGAAUUGCACAAGACACGGCUCGAAUUAGCACAGGCCCAAGGUUGUGUGAUGGCCAGUGGCACACGGUGGCGUUAGAGGUCAAAGGUCAGCAGGUCUAUCUGACAGUUGACAAUCAGAACCCAGUGGUCAUGGAGAGCCCUGAUCUCACCAACAGCUUACAGAGAACAACUGUUAUAUUCGGAGGCUGCCCUGCGUCUCAGUAUGUGCUUGGCUGUGAGAAACCUCACAGAGGAUAUCAGGGGUGCCUUUCACUCAUCUUCAUUAACAACCAACCUAUCAACCUCAGCCGGAUUCAACAGGAGAAGCAGGCCAACUUCAGCGAGCUCAGCUUUGACAUCUGCAGUAUUCGAGACAGGUGUGUGCCUGAUUUCUGUGAACAUGGAGGAGUUUGCUACCAGACUUGGGACCAUUUUUACUGCAACUGCUCAGGAACCGGCUACACGGGCAUGACCUGCCAUAACCCAAUAUAUGAGCGAUCGUGUGAAGCAUACAGAAAUACAGCGAAUCCUUCUGGUGUUUUCACCGUCGACCCUGACGGCAGCGGUCCCUUAGAGUACACACAAGUGAACUGUACAUUAGCAGGGGACAGAUCGUGGACGGUCGUAGGCCACGAUCACUUACAGCCGAUUAGCGUUCGAGGUUCCACUCCGAGAAGCCCCUACGUUCUUAUUUUCAACUAUUCGAUCUCGCCGUAUCACAUCCGAUCCUUGGUGGCGUCGUCAGAACACUGCCAGCAGGAAGUGACGUAUCGCUGCAGGAAGUCUCGUCUCUUUGACACCUGGGAUGGCACUCCUCUGUCUUGGUGGCUGGACAGGGACGGUGUGAAGAGGACGUACUGGGGAGGAUCUCUGCCUGGAGUUCAGCAGUGCUCCUGUAGCCUGGAGGGCAACUGCAGGGACAUGAGCUACUUCUGCAACUGUGACGCGGACCAGGAAUCAUGGGUGAACGAUACAGGCCUGUUGUCUUACAAAGACCAUUUGCCACUUAGCGAGAUCGCCAUUGGAGAUACGAACAGAACAGGCUCGCAGGCGCUCUUUCAGAUCGGACCUCUGCGAUGCUCCGGCGAUCGAUUUCUGUGGAACUCAGCUUCCUUUUUCUUGGAGUCCUCAUAUCUGCAUUUCCCGACACUGCAAGCUGAGCUUAGCAUAGACAUCUCCUUUUAUUUCAAGACUGGAGCUUCUUCUGGUCUCUUCCUGGAGAAUGUGGGAGUGCAAAACUUCAUCAGGCUGGAGCUGAACUCUUCAUCAAACGUCGUGUUCACCUUUGACCUCGGUGAUGGGCCGGUGGUUCUAACGGUCAGGUCACCGGUGCGUCUGAAUGAUAGACAGUGGCAUUACGUACGAGCAGAACGGAAUGUGAAAGAGGCGUCAUUGCAGGUCGACCUGCUGCCCCUUCAGCUCACAGAGGCAGCGGCCGACGGACAGCACAGACUCCAGCUCAGCAGCCAGCUCUUUGUUGGAGGAGCACCAACCACUCUGAGGGGCUUUCUCGGGUGCCUGCGUGCACUCAGCAUCAACGGGAUGACCUUCGACCUUAAGGAGCGAGCCAAGAUGACACCCGGCAUGAACUCAGGCUGCCCGGGUCACUGCAGCAGUGAGAGUCUGUGCCGUAACGGAGGGAGGUGUUUGGAGAACAGGAAUAGCUACGUGUGCGACUGCACACACACCGCUUUCACCGGAGCCAACUGCGAAACGGCUAUCUCGGCAUCCUUUGAAAGAGGGACGUCGGUAACAUACACGCUUCAGGAACCGUUUUCCGUAAUGAGGAACCAGGAUCCCAAACAACUCCAGAGCAACAGACAGUCUGACGCCGUCAGAUCCCGGGACAGCGUGACAUUUGCGUUCCUGACGAAACACGUGCCGGCUUUGCUCUUGUCCGCUCAGUCCCACGACCACCGCUACAUGGCAAUUAUGCUGAGCCGAAAUGGCAGUUUGCAGAUCUGGUACAGGCUGAACCAGGAGACAGGUCCAGACACAUUCAGUCUUAAAUCUGCCAGUCUGGCUGAUGGACAGUUCCACUGGGUCAGAAUGAAUCGUGAUGGAAAUCAACUUCAUGUCCAGAUCGAUAACACGGUGAUGCAGCAGUAUAGUCUGUCUCCUGGGUCUGUCCUUGCUCCAGUGAGGAGUUUAACUCUGGGGAGGAUCCGAGGGGGUGACAUCACUGACGAGGAAGUGGUGCAAGCAGGAUCGAGAGGAUUCAUCGGCUGUCUGUCCUCUGUUCAGUUUAAUCGAGCUGCUCCUUUAAAAGCAGCGCUACAGAACAGAGGGAGCUCGGUGGUCAGCAUACACGGCCGGCUGGAGGAGUCCGACUGUGGGGCUCAAUCGAGCACAGACCCACACGUUACCACACACACAGGCUCAGUAGAUGAGUCAUCCAAAUCAGACCGAGAUAAAGCACCUCUGACAAAGGUCGCGCAGAGUGACUCAGCACUAAUCGGAGGAGUCGUGGCUGCCAUAGUGUUCACGACGCUGUGUGUGUUGGCGGUGUUGAUCCGCUACCUCUACCUGCACAGGGAACCGCAGCCUCCCCCUGCCAUCGCCGUGAAGAGCAAAAGACCCAGCCUGAAUGUGGAACCAUGCAAACCGAGCCACGUUGGCAAGGAGUACUUCAUCUGACGGGAUUUUACUUCUGCAUUAGCUGCGGAAGUAAGGUUCUGAACAGCUGCACACAAGCACCCGACCCGAGCCUUCCGACACGUCUGUGCCAUCUUUUAAUCCAGGCCUCCUGUCUGAGGCAGCUGCUAAAUUCUGACCCGAGCUGAACAGGAGAUCAGGGUCUGCAUGUGGGAAGAGACUCUCGUUGUUAAUAAUGUGAACAGAAAGACUUGUGUUUUUUAAAAAAAAAAAAAAAGAAACCAUGAGGAAAUCAAUGAGUCACGAUUUGUGUGAGAUAAUACGGUGUAUGCGUACGUGCAGAAUGAUAACACACGCAAAUACAGCAGCGCCCGACCCAAGUCAAAGCCGAAGACAGGAAACAAGAUGGUCCGCUUAUCCAAACCUUUUCUACUGAGCACACGCUUUGUGUUUUGUUGCAUAGAAAAUGAAAGUGCUCUCUGUAACUCAUGGACUCUCAUCCCUGAGGAAGGCACUCGAGAGUGACUGACGUCAGCUGGUGAAAAUGUACAAAUAUUAUUAAUAGUGAACAAAGACCCACCGUUUCUUGUCACGUCAAAACAUGUCCGUAAUGAGGGUUCGACGAAAUAAGACAAUCAGUUCGAACAAGAGACCAAACAUGAACAAAGGAGGAUUAGCUCUGACGGGAAAUCGGCAGUAGCGGCAGAGCAAUCGAGAAAGCUUUGUGUCUGUCCACGGCCGCAUGUCAGGCACUUUCAGCCUAUCGGAUUUUUGCGGCUUUAAUGCAGCUAAAUCCUUGAAAGAAGGACCUCGGUGAAGUGCAUUAUAUUACCUGACAGUAAAAACAACCCUGUCAAGCUCCCUAAUAGAAUAACACGCUUUCUUACUGAAAUUGAUUUCUUUUGGUCAGGGUUUCAG